AAUGUUAAAGUAUGCAACAAUAUUUAAAUGGAGGAUUGUGAGGAUGCUUUAAGAACCUUCUUAUUGAGGAAGCUUGAUAAUCUUGUGAAGGAUGAUAAAUGCCAAAUAACUAUGAUUUCCACAUGGGCUACUGAACUUUACUUGGACAAGAUAAACCGGCUUCUUUUAGAAGAUGACACAGCUUUGGAGAAUCGUAAUUCAGAAUACCAGUCAAUCAUUAGGGAGUUUCGUGCCUUCCUUAGUGACUGCAGAGAUGUAUUUGGACGAGCUACUACCAUGAGACUUCUAGAAAGCUCAAAACAGGUGGAAAAUUUAUCAAAUGGACGUUAAGUCCGCUUUCUUGAAUGGCUAUCUUGAAGAGGAACUGUAUGUUCAACAGCCAUUGGGAUAUGUUGUCAAGGGACAUGAAGACAAAGUCUUGAAAUUAAAGAAGGCGUUGUAUGGCUUGAAGCAAGCGCCAAGGGCAUGGUAUAGCUGUAUUGACAAAUAUUUCCAAGACCAUGGCUUCACCAAAUGUCCACAUGAACAUGCUCUUUAUGUCAAAGAAGACAAAACUGGAGGCUUUAUGCUAGUGUGCUUGUAUGUUGAUGACUUGAUCUUCAUCGGCAAUAAUGCAAACAUGUUUGAAGAAUUUAAGAAGGCAAUGACUCAAGAAUUUGAGAUGACCGACAUUGGUCUCAUGUCCUACUACCUUGGAAUUGAGGUAAAGCAAAAUGAAGAUGGAAUUUUUAUUUCUCAAGAAGCUUAUGCAAAGAAAGUUUUGGAGAAAUUUGAAAUGGAAAAUUGCAAGUCGGUAAGCACCCCCAUUGGUUGUGGAACUCGACUGUCGAAGUACGAUGAAAGUACAAAGGUGGAUCCCUCUCUGUAUAGAAGCCUUGUUGGAAAUCUGAGAUAUUUGACUUGCACACGGCCAGACAUCCUCUAUGGUGUUGGUCUUGUGAGUCGGUACAUGGAGGCACCUACUUCAACACACAUGAAGGUGGCCAAGAGAGUACUUCGAUACAUCAAAAGUACUGUUGAUUAUGGCCUAACUUAUUCUUUUUCCACAAAUUUCCAACUCUAUGGCUACAGUGAUAGUGACUGGGGUGGUGAUGUUGAUGAUCAGAAAAGCACCACCGACUUUCUAUUUUUCUUGGGUGACACUGCUUUCACUUGGUGUUCAAAAAAGCAACCCAUUGUAACUCUCUCUACUUGUGAAGCUGAAUUUGUUUCUGCUGCAUCAUGUGUCUGUCAUGCAAUUUGGCUAAGGAAGUUGUUGGAGAUGCUGCGCAUACCUCAAGAUGAAGCUACAACCAUUUACAUAGAUAACAAGUCAGCUAUUGCUUUGGGAAAGAACCCAAUGUUUCAUGAUCGAAGCAAGCAUAUAGACACCAGAUAUCACUUCAUAAGGGAGUGCGUUGAGAGGAAAGAUGUAAAGCUUGCCUACGUGAAGACCAAUGAUCAAAUUGCUGAUAUUUUCACUAAGGCAUUGAAGUUUGAAGAUUUUGCAAGACUGCGUGCUUGGAUUGGAGUGACUAGAGGUGAUCAAGUUUAAGAGGGGGUGUUGGAAAAAUAAACUUGAUUUAUUAAUCUCCUAUUUUUAAUUAGUCAUGUACCUGCAUAGUUCAUGUGCCAGCAUAGUUCAUGUACCCAUUUAUUUUAUCUUUACAGUUUCUAGGAGUUGCAUUUAACUGUUUUGGGGGUUUGGAGUCUUUUGUGCCUAUAAAAUGGCUUGUGCUUGUACUUGAGUAUUGAUACAUCUAAGCCAAGAAUAAAGAAGCAUUUCUGGAAAGUUUCUUCCUAUGUUCCUCUCCAGUCUUUCCCCCCAAAUCUUUAUUUCCAACAUCUUUAUCCAUAUUGGUUUUUGUUUUAUUAGUUCAUUGUUCAACGAUGCUACAAUAACUUUUUGGCUAUACAAAUUUCUGCAGCUAUGGCAGGGUUGAGGAAUUAGUGUAUUUUGCUAGUCUGAAGGAGGAGUAUGAAAUUGUUGUUCACCACUGUAUUCAGGUGCCCUCAGCUCCUUAAUUUUCUCGGUACUAAUAUUACCUAUUUAUUUUUUGGCUCCUACUAGUUGAAUGGAAUUUAUUUUUCCUUAUGUUGUAAUUAUCAGUAUAUUCUGUUUUGCAAAACCCAGAGUUGUAUAAGGGGGUUACUGUUUUCUUUGGGCUACUUUUCAGUGAAAAGUUUUCAAUUUGUAAUCCCAAAAGAGAAUAAAGAUUUUUGGCCCUU